GAUCCAUCACCCACAAUUCUAGCUAUAAAUAUGGCUCUUUAACAGUAUAUUGAGAGCGGAUGGAAGAUGAUAAAAUGACAAUAGCUAGUCAUGUGAAGUUAAGGUCAGAAGAAGAAGAGAAAGCACUAUUUUCCUGGAUCUUCGGAGUUCAAGAGGUUUCAUCGCGUAAAACUCCUGUGUUUGGACUCAAUGGAGGAAACAAAAAUGGCCCUUACAUAAAUCUUAAUGUGGUAACAGAUGAUUUUGGUGUGACUGAAAUACAGAUGGGAAACGCUCUGAUUAACGAUGCCACAGAUUUGAGAGGCGUAUUUGAUUUUGCAUUGUAUCAUGCCAUAAUUUCAAAGGAAGUACAUGAUGGCAUAAGAGACAACUGUGAUUUCAGGACAAUAAACCAGACACGUGAAUGUAGUUGGAAUGUGGCCAAAUUCUUAAAGGCCUAUUCUGACAUAGAUAUAUUUAAUAUUUAUUCUCCUGUCUGUCUCCUUGAUUUUGAAACACAAGUUUCAAGUACGCCUGAUGUUGCUCAUUACACUGUCUCAAAAUUUGACUUUGAGAAUAUGAUUCCAACAAUGGCCUAUGAUCCAUGCAAAGUAAAUGAGGUCAAAAAAUAUUUCAAUAGGAAGGAUGUCCAGAAGGCCAUUCAUGCAUGGUUUCCUAACAUGUUGGAUUACACAGUAUGCAGCAAUAAAAUUACAAAAUGGAAUGAUUCACCAACCACAGUUCUCCCGUGAUUAAGAAACUCUUACGCAUUUGGAUGUACAGUGAAGACAGUGAUGGUAGAGUUCCAUUCUUAUCAACGAGAUACAGUUUGCAAGAGCUGCAACUGAAUGUGACGAAAGAGUGGAGAGCUUGGCUUGAAGGAAGACAAGGUGGGGGCGGAAGACGGUGGUCUGACUUUUGCCGUGGAGGUACUGGCCAUCAGCCUCCAAUUUUUAAAAAUGAUAAAAUGAAUCAAAUGCGAGAGGAUGAAAGCGGUUGAGCAGAGAGAAGAAGUGGGAGAAGAGAGAAAGCUUGUCGUGGUUUAAAAAUUGGAGCUUGAUGGCCAGCACCUCUAAAGCAAAAAAAAGACCACCGUCUUCCUCCUCCGCCCACUGUUACUUUCAACUGUUGUAAUUGUGUUUGAAAAUACGUUAAUUAUAAGUGUUUCAAUUAAUUAAUUCCAUUAUUUGAAUAUUGAACUAACUUUUUCGUAACAUAAAUGUUGUAUUGGGUGAUUUAAUUUAUCACUAGUAUUGAUUUUUCGUGGCUGUUACAUUUUUUAUUUUU